AUGGCUCCGGACGUCUCAAAAGCUCUGGAACUGAUAGACGCAGCACACAGAGAGGACCCGAACACGGUCGACAUCAACGGCGACAAAAUCCCCUACGAGCUACACUAUGCUCAGAAAAUGACACGCUACCUCAACCUCCACACGCCGAACGCGGGCCCCUUGCUCGCCACGGCCGCCCGUGCCCAGCAUUUCCGCCGUUGGGAAGUGCCGCGAGACAGCUACCCGCGCACCAAAGCCGGGUACUUUGCGUGGCGAACGUUCCUGAAGAACCGGCAGGCCGAGCAAGUCAGGCAGAUCUGCCUGGAGUGCUCGUACACGGAGGAGGAAGCCGGCAAGGUGGCAGCGCUGAUUGCAAAGGAGGAUCUUAAAAAGGGGGAAGGUAAGGGCGACGCCGACGCGCAGGUCAUUGAGGAUGUCGCGUGCCUGGUGUUUCUGGACGACCAGUUUGACGACUUCGAAAAGGGCCACGAUGAAGAGAAGAUCAUUGGCAUAUUGCAGAAGACGUGGGUGAAGAUGGGCCAGAGGGGGCAAGAGUUGGCGCUCGCCAUGGAUCUGAGUGAGAGGGCAAAGGAGAUGAUAGGCAAGGCUCUGGCGGGUUGA